CGUUAUUUUCAUCGUUGUAGAUCAACAAGCGGAUUUAAUAGAAUAAACAGCUAAAUAGUUAAAUUUUAUUUUAGACUGACCUCUAUGGUCGUACAACCUAUAAAGUGUUUGAUUGAACUCUCAAAAGCGUUCAGACAACAGCAUCUGCCUAAGGUUAUAGCUCCAUCGAAUAGCAUCCCUGGUAACUCUUUAGAUUUCGCCCUUACGAGAUCCAAAAAGUAUAACAACCGCACUUUUGGUCUAAGUACAACUCUCGAUGAUCCAACAAACAAUCAACUAGGCUGCUAUUUAUCUACCCUGCCUAGCAAUAUAUGCGUUAUAUCAAACUACGAUCCAUACGUUCAUACUCUCGUCGAUCUACUCAAACAUCAGAAAAUAUCAGCUGCUUUACGCUUUUAUAGACACUCAAUCCACGAUGAUCUCAAUACAGGUGGUAAAAACGUUUAUUUUGCACCAAGAGUCCUAGUCACUAUCUCAUUCGCUAUCAUUUCUGCAAAGUUCGCUGUAAAUUGUCGCGAUAUAGACAAAUUGAAUAAUUUGGCUCAAUGCGUGCAUGACAGUUUACGCAAUUAUUUAAAGCAUCACAACAGUUGCAAGCCAUACCCUUAUGCAGUCUCUCGUGUAUACGAGUUGCUACAGAAAUACGAUAUACAAUCAACGCCGAAUUUGAUAGCAGAGCAGCAAUUACUAGACAUUAAACUAACAAUAGACACUCAUAUACAACUCCUCCGAUCGCUAUUCUAUGAAUUUAAUGACGGGACAUCAGAUAAGGAGAGUAUCAUCGUUGAUAUCGCAUCUACGCUUUCAUUGAUGCUCAGAAAUGAUUUCAAGAUUGAUCAGAAAUUCCUAAGGUUUAUUCGUCACAUGUCUAUGCAACUUGGUGAAAGUCGUUUCGAGUUAUCUGAGAGACUUCGGAAGCUAUCCUCAACGAAUACCUCGAAAAUCAGCAGGAAUAUAAACAUUCUUGCUAAUAACAUAGACAAAGGUUCGAAAUCAGCUUCAGCAUUGUUCAAUUCAUCACAUCUACUCAGAACAUCACGAUCAAGGUUGCACACAUCCUCUUUAGAAUAUAAAACACAACGAGCGAUCAUCAUGAAGAAGUUACAAUCAAAUAUAGAGCAUAAUAAUCGUUUAGACAUUACUUCAACUAGUUUACAUAAUUUAAUAAGGCUUUCAUUAACAGUAUCUCGACAAAGGGACGCUUUUAGGGUAUCCUACAAACAUUUUCAGAAACUCCUCAAGUUGUUUCAUCAGUACGACUCACCGGAAAAGUUCCAACCGGAGUCUACACCAACUGUUGCAUCGAUUAAAGCCAAAAAUCUACGUCGACGAAUUCUCACAGCCGCGACAACUAUAAUGGAUGCAUCAAUUCAUAGUAAAAUGUACACUAGUAUACGCUACGCUAAUCGCGUAUUCCACGAUCUAGCGAAUGGAGGAGUAUUACACCAUGCGACUAUCGAUGAAUACGAUGCACUUAUUCGUUUAUUCUGGAAGACAAUGAUGAUAUCUCCCCAUUGGAAGGGAAGAGUAGGUCUCAGUCGCGCUUUGCGGGUGUAUAAAGAUGCCUACUCUCAUCGUGGUCUUCAUGAUGAUGGGAGUAUAUGGCGGAAACAUCUGCGCAAGCAUGAGAAAAUGAUAAUGACGCAGUGUGUCAAUUACAUGUCAUCUGAUCUUGAGAAUGACAGUCGUAUUGAUGCUAUCAAACAUGUCUUGGAAACAUUCGAAGCACUCAGCUGUAGCGUUCGCGAAGAGCUUCUCGCGAAAGUCAUCAAGAUGUCACCACUAAGCAGUAAAGAACAAUUAGCGCGGAUAAUCAAAGCACUCAACGACUUUGCUAGUAAAAGGAUUAAAGAGAAUUGAUUUGUAAUUUACUUUAUAACUUCUUACCCAACCUCUUACAUCAUAACCAUGUUCUGCAUAUCGAGAAGACGUAAAGAGAGACUAGAAGAGAGGAUAAAAGAAGAACGUGAAGAAUCCUGCGUUCAUUUUGUUGAUCUAGAAAGAUCAGAUUCGUCGUUAUCGCUCUUGCCAACCUACGAGGCAGUGAGUUAUGAACCAAUAUCUGAUCAAGCGGCACGAAUAAUGCGUUACGCGCUCAAGAAAGAGAGAGACAACCUGAUAAAUAUAGGAAUGAAACUACAUCAGUACCCAGAGACCGCUUUCCAAGAAAGAUACGCUCGAGAUCUCCUAAGUGGAUUUAUGAAGAAUAAAGGUUGGAUUGUAGAAAAAAGCAUCUGUGGCUUAGAAACCUCUUGGAAAGCUACCUUCAGGCAUGGAGAAGGCGGUAGAACUGUUGGUUUCAACGCCGAAAUGGAUGCUUUGCCAGGGAUUGGACACGCUUGUGGACAUAGUAGGACAUUGCAUUAACUAGGAUAUUGAUAUAUUAAGAACCUCUACAGAUCUUAUUGCCGAAGGCGCCAUAGCUGCAGCGUUGGGUUUGGCUGCAGCAAUGAAGGAAAUGGAUAUUAGUGGUAAAGUUAUCCUCAUUGGUACGCCAGCCGAAGAAAGUGGAGGAGGCAAGAUUACCUUACUUAAACGCGGCGCGUACGAGGAUGCAUCUGCAAUGCUCAUGAUACAUCCAGGUGGCGGUGCACCUUACAAAGCAGACAUUUUAUCGCCGAUGUUGGCGAUAGACUCUUUCAACGUUGAGUUCUUCGGGAGAGCGUAAGUGCUAGAUAAGCUCAUUUUCAUUUACUUAAUAAACCAGUGCACAUGCAGCUUUGGCGCCCGACCAAGGAAUUAAUGCUCUGGAUGCUGCUGUUUUAGCCUACAGUAAUGUGAAUGCACUUAGGCAACAGAUCAAAUCAUAUGAACGCGUGCAUGGCGUUAUAGAAGGUCAGAAUUAUGCGACGAAUGUAAUACCCGAUUACUCAAAACUCAAAUACGGUGUGAGGAGCGGGACACUGGCUGAAUUGAUAGACCUCAAACGGCGGACAAUGGCAUGUAUGAAAGCAGCAGCUCAAGCGACUGGUUGUCGGAUUGUUAUACAUGAUAGCACACCUCCUCAUCCAGAGCUACACCAUAAUGGGCACUUAGCAUAUGAAUAUGCAAACAUCAUGCAACGUAAUUUUAGCACGAAAGUCCAACUUUCUCUAGAUACGCCUGGAGGUGCAUCUACAGAUUUUGGAGCAAUAACAUAUGCUAUGCCAGCUUUACACCCUGCUUAUGAGAUAUACUCAGAGAAAGGCGUAUCUAAUCAUUCGCCGGGUUUCACUGGUGCGACUGAUAAGCCAAUCGCGCACGAGAAGACAAUCGAAGCGGCUAUGGGUAUAUCAUUAACAGCAUUUAGAGUCUUAUCGGAUGAAGAGUUUGCUCAUGUCGUCGAAUCGGAAUAUGAUCAUUGGGUUCGGCAAUUGGAUAAGCGGCUAUAAGACAGUUAAGACCGAUGGGGAUCAACUUGGAAUGUGACAUGCCGCUAUCACAUUACAUAAAACACUAAAUAAGCGCGACGAAUUAUUUCAGGUGUUUAUUGUAAAAUAUGAAAAUUUACUUGUUC